AUGAAAGGGGUGAUGAGGUUUGGGAAGAAAGGGAAGUUAAGCCCUCAGUACAUUGGGUCAUUUGAGAUCUUGGAGAGGAUAGGUCCACUUGCUUACCGGAUGGCAUUGCCCCCAACACUAACCAAAGUUCAUGACAUGUUUCACAUAUCCGUGCUGAGGAAGUACGUGUCAGACCUUUCGCACGUGCUCAGUUAUGAACCUCUGGAGAUUGGGGAUGCAUUAUCAUAUGAGGAGGUACAACAGUUGCGUACUAAGAAGAUACCUUUAGUGAAAGUACUGUGGCGGAACCAUGCAGUCAAGGAGGCUUCUUGGGAGUUAGAGGCUGAGAUACACCAGAAAUACCCAUAG